CUGCUCGUCUCCUCCUGGCAGCGCAACAGCUUCUGCCGCCGCCGCCGCCUCCAUCAUCACUACUUCUCACAAAGUUCCGCGCCGGGGGCUCCCUCCCCCCUCCCUCCUCCCCCCCGAGGCCGGCGGACGCUGUGCAGGACGGAGAGUGGACUCGAAGCCGCUGCCGUGUCUUCGCCAAACGCUGGAGUGACAAUGGGGGCAGCACGUAGGGCGGCCGGGUUGUACGGAGGCGCCCGCGGCGUCUAGGAUUCCUUGCCAGACAAUGGCGCUGGAAAGGGCCACGGGGAUCUCCCUGCGGGUGUGCCGUUCCCUCCGGGUAUCUCUAAGGUGAAAACCUCGAGCACGUCGGCCUCUUUCUUCCGUGUGUUGAGGUGGCCUUGUAGGGGUCCACUUUUAUGUGUCCUUGUGUUAGCCAAGUCAAGGGUCAUUUAGCGGAUCUACUUUUCUCCUUCCUCCUUUAAAGUUUCAAGACUGGUCCUCUGGAUGUCUUAUGUUGGGUGGCCUCCGUGUCAAAAUUCUCGUACUUCUCACACUGGAGUUGCUUCAAUUUUUUUUUUUUAAAUAUUGCCACUUCCUCAUUGUAUUGGAGAAAUAUGAGCAAUUGAACCUGAUGUACUAAUACAGGUUGUCCUGGAGUCGUGUUACCGUAUCUCUCUGAGAGCGAAGGCCUGUCUUUUUCCUUCACUUGUUUUUUUUGAUGUGAUGGAACUAAUGUUUGCCGAGUGGGAGGACGGGGAGAGGUUUUCAUUUGAAGACUCUGACCGUUUUGAGGAAGACUCCCUUUGUUCCUUCAUUUCUGAGGCAGAAAGCCUAUGCCAGAACUGGAGAGGAUGGCGGAAGCAAUCAGCUGGACCCAACUCUCCCACUGUCAAAAUGAAAGAUGGUCUGGUGAUCCCAUUGGUGGAGCUCUCUGCAAAACAAGUAGCAUUUCACAUUCCAUUUGAAGUGGUGGAGAAAGUGUACCCACCAGUGCCUGAACAGCUGCAGCUUCGUAUUGCCUUUUGGAGCUUUCCAGAGAAUGAAGAGGAUAUCAGGCUGUACUCCUGCUUGGCAAAUGGCAGUGCGGAUGAGUUCCAGAGAGGCGAGCAACUCUUCCGGAUGAGGGCUGUUAAAGACCCAUUGCAGAUAGGUUUCCACCUGAGUGCCACAGUGGUACCUCCCCAAAUGGUGCCUCCAAAAGGAGCAUACAACGUUGCAGUGAUGUUUGACAGAUGCAGGAUCACCUCAUGCAGCUGUACUUGUGGAGCUGGAGCUAAAUGGUGUGCCCAUGUUGUAGCCCUCUGUCUUUUCCGGAUACACAAUGCAUCUGCAGUGUGCUUGCGAGCACCUGUCUCAGAAUCCCUGUCUCGACUACAGAGAGAUCAACUGCAGAAAUUUGCACAGUAUCUCAUCAGUGAACUCCCCCAACAGAUACUUCCUACUGCUCAACGUCUACUGGAUGAGCUGCUAUCUUCUCAGUCCACUGCCAUCAACACAGUAUGUGGGGCUCCAGAUCCCACUGCCGGUCCCUCUGCCUCAGAUCAAAGCACCUGGUACUUGGAUGAAUCUACAUUAAGUGACAACAUAAAGAAAACCCUUCACAAAUUUUGUGGUCCUUCUCCUGUUGUCUUUAGUGAUGUGAACUCCAUGUACCUCUCCUCCACGGAGCCUCCAGCUGCUGCUGAAUGGGCCUGUCUUUUGCGCCCCCUGAGAGGGAGAGAACCUGAGGGCAUCUGGAACUUGCUUUCUAUUGUUCGUGAGAUGUUCAAGAGACGAGACACCAAUGCAGCUCCUCUUCUGGAGAUCCUAACAGACCAGUGUCUGACGUAUGAACAGAUAACUGGCUGGUGGUACAGUGUAAGGACGUCUGCGUCCCAUAGCAGUGCCAGUGGGCACACUGGCCGCAGCAACGGUCAGUCAGAAGUGGCUGCUCAUGCUUGUGCAAGCAUGUGUGAUGAGAUGGUGGUUCUCUGGAGGCUUGCUGUCCUGGAUCCAACCAUCAGCCCCCAUAGGCGAAGAGACUUGUGCACACAACUAAGGCAGUGGCAGUUGAAGGUAAUAGACAAUGUCAAAAGGGGACAGCACAAAAAAUCCCUUGAGAAGCUGUUCCAUGGGUUCAAACCGGCUGUGGAAGCUUGCUACUUCAACUGGGAAGAGGCCUAUCCCAUUCCAGGCAUCACUUACAGCAGUGCUGACAAGAAGAACUCUUUUUGUUGGGUGAAGGCCAUCCAGCAGAGAAACUGCCGGCCCCCAUGUGCAGAAACCUCCUGUGAAGCAGGGAGAGCUCACGGGCCAGAUGCUGCAGGGACAUGCUUACAGCUAGGGGACAGGUCACGCCUUUCCUCUCAGGAGCCAGCUGUGCGCCCCAAAGAACUCAUUGGGAAGCGGAAAGUUGUGUCUGAAGGCCCCCAGCGGGUUCUGAGGCGUCUUUCAGCAGAAGGAGAUAAAGGUGCAUACAAAACAGCUGUGAACAAGGGCAAGCUUCCAGUUGGAAAGGCCUCCUUGGCCAGCAAACAUAGUGGGAAGCGCCGCAUGAGCAGUGAGGACAGCUCUCUGGAACCAGACUUGGCUGAAUUGACUUUAGAUGACAGCAGUUUGGCUCUUGGGGCAGAGGCCAGCAACACAUUCAGCUUCACAGAUAGCCCCUUGAGCAGAAGCUACAGGGAUACCUUUGAGGAUGAUGGCGGGGUGUAUUUCUCUGAGGCAAUUGAGCCCACCCUCAGGAGCAGCCCCUCCACCAAGAAAACCCCAAAGGAUCCAGCGGGGGAAGUGGGCAGUGGAGACGACGAUCUCCCUUGCCCAGAUGAAAGUACUGGUGGAGCAUGUUUGAAGCCAAAAGAAGUGGGGGAGAAUGGUGCAGCCGGAGGAGAGGAGGAGGACGACGACUACCAGGUAUACUAUCUCAAUCCCCAGGAGGUGGCUAAGGAAGAAGAUGAGAAGGCUGAGGGGGGAACCGAAGAGGAACAAGAUAUAUUUGCUGGGAUAAAGCCCUUGGAGCAGGAGAACCGCAUGGAGAUCCUGUUUGCCUGCGCGGAGGCUCUUUACGCACAUGGUUACAGCAAUGAAGCGUGUCGCCUCACGGUUGAGCUUGCGAAGGACUUGUUGGCCAACCCGCCUGAUCUCAAAGUGGAGCAGCCCCCAACCAAGGGAAAGAAAAACAAGGUGUCCACCAGCAAGCAGACAUGGAUGGCAACAAACACCUUAUCCAAAGCUGCUUUCUUACUGACCGUGCUGAGUGAGCGGCAGGAAUUCCACAACUUAGCCUUCCAGAUUGGCAUGUUUGCUCUGGAGUUGCAGAGGCCACCAGCUUCUACUAAGGCUUUGGAGGUAAAACUGGCAUACCAGGAGUCUGAAAUUGUGGCCUUGUUGAAGAAAAUCCCACUUAGCUCUAAUGAGAUGAACACUAUUCGGGGAAGGGCUGAAGAGCUCAGAGAAGGGACUCUGUGCGAUUAUCGCCCAGUCUUGCCUCUCAUGCUGGCCAGCUUCAUAUUUGAUGUCUUAUGUACUCCAGUGGUUUCUCCUACCGGAUCAAGACCUCCAAGCCGUAAUUGGAAUAAUGAAAUGCCUGGCGAUGAGGAACUUGGUUUUGAGGCAGCUGUGGCUGCUCUUGGGAUGAAGACGACAGUGAGUGAAGCCGAGCAUCCUUUGCUGUGUGAAGGUACCCGAAGAGAAAAGGGGGAUCUGGCUCUAGCCCUGAUGAUCACUUACAAGGAUGACCAGUCUAAGCUAAAAAAAAUCUUGGAUAAGCUGUUAGACAGGGAGAGUCAGACACACAAACCUCAAACUUUAAGUUCGUUCUACUCAUCCAGCAAGCCAACAGUGGCCAAUCAGAAAUCUCCUUCGAAGCAUGCUACCCAAUCAGCUGCGCCCAUUCAGCAUCUCCCGGGAACAUCUGUCACACCACCAACAGGGGUGUCCGCUGCUGUCCAGAACAAUCCUUCAGAACCCUUUAUGGAGAAGAGCACCCAAGAGAACCCUCAGAGAUCCCCUUGUGACCCACCUGUGGAAUCCAGUGUCUUAAAACAAGAAGGGAAAGUUCCCAGCCGACUUGCUCUUGGGAAUAGAGGUGGCUACAAUGGAAGAUGUUGGGGUUCACCAGUCAGACAAAAAAAAAAGCACACAGGAAUGGCCAGCAUUGACAGCAGUGCACCAGAAACGACCUCGGACAGUUCUCCAACUCUCAGCAGGAGGCCCCUGCGUGGGGGAUGGGCAGCCACCUCCUGGGGCAGAGGGCAGGACAGCGACAGCAUCAGUAGCUCUUCCAGUGACUCACUGGGCUCCUCCUCUUCCAGUGGAAGCAGGAGAGCCAGUGGAGGAGCACGGGCAAAGACGGUGGAAGUUGGCAGGUAUAAAGGUAGGCGACCAGAGAGCCAUGCGCCUCAUGUCCCCAACCAGCCCUCGGAGGCUGCUGCACACUUCUACUUUGAGCUGGCCAAGACAGUCCUCAUUAAGGCCGGUGGAAACAGCAGCACUUCCAUUUUCACCCACCCGUCAUCCAGUGGUGGCCACCAAGGGCCUCAUCGCAACCUCCACCUUUGCGCCUUCGAGAUUGGACUCUAUGCACUGGGAUUGCACAACUUUGUCUCUCCCAACUGGCUCUCUCGGACCUACUCCUCCCAUGUCUCUUGGAUCACAGGGCAAGCCAUGGAAAUUGGAAGUGCAGCCUUGAACAUCCUGGUGGAAUGCUGGGAUGGACACCUGACCCCUCCAGAGGUGGCAUCCUUGGCUGACAGGGCUUCAAGAGCGAGGGAUUCCAAUAUGGUGCGAGCGGCCGCUGAGCUGGCACUGAGUUGCUUGCCACAUGCCCAUGCCUUGAAUCCAAAUGAGAUCCAGAGAGCUCUAGUUCAGUGCAAGGAGCAGGAUAAUCUAAUGCUGGAGAAGGCUUGCCUGGCAGUGGAGGAGGCAGCCAAAGGGGGUGGUGUUUACCCUGAAGUCCUGUUUGAAGUCGCUCACCAGUGGUACUGGUUGUAUGAACAAACUGUUGGCGGAACUCUUGCCCAGAGGGAGGGCGCCACAGGUUGCAGCGCGAGCGGAGCCCGAGCAUCUUGCGAAGUGGUCCGUGGACUGGCGGAUACCAGAGUGACAUCAGAGCCCACGACAGUGACUGUGGCAGCUGCGGUGACGGCAGCGGCAACAGUCGUGCCUGUGAUCUCAGUGGGGUCCACGAUCUACCAGCAGCACACCAUGGCAGGGCCAGCAAUGGCCCAUGCACACACCCAGGGUCUGCACCCCUAUACAACGCUCCAGACCCACAUUCCUUGCAGCCCUCAGUACAUUGGACACCCCAUCCAGCACAUGCCGCGCCCAGCAGUCUUCCCUGUGCCUGGCUCCGCUUACCCCCAAGCAGGGUUACCCUGUCCUCUUCCUUUGCAGGGUGUCCACCCAGCAUUCAUUGGGGCACAGUACCCUUACUCGGUAACUACCCCAUCCUUGGCAGCUACGGCCGUGUCGUUCCCAGGAGUGCCUGUCCCUUCCAUGACGCAGAUCGCCGUGCACCCGUACCAUGCUGAGACAGGGCUGUCGCUGUCUUCCAAUGUGGCAAUAGGAAGUGUCCAUGCAGGGUCUUCGUUCCCAGCAAUACAGGGGACUUCCUUGACGAGCCUGUCUUCUCAGCCCAGCUCCCUUGUUACAGGGGGCUUCCCUUCUGAGGAUGAGCAACACAGUCAACCCGUGAGCCCUCAAGGGUUGCACUACCUCCACUCCGCCUACCGAGUUGGGAUGUUAGCACUGGAGAUGCUUGGCCGCAGAGCUCACAAUGACCACCCCAACAACUUCUCACGUAGCCCACCCUACACAGAAGAUGUGAAAUGGCUCCUGGGAUUAGCUGCCAAAUUAGGUGUAAACUAUGUGCAUCAGUUUUGUGUUGGUGCAGCCAAGGGGGUCUUGAGCCCUUUUGUGCUGCAAGAGAUCAUCAUGGAAUCCUUGCAGAGGCUCAAUCCUGCCCAUGUCCACAACCACUUGCGCACACCAGCUUUCCAUCAAUUGGUACAGAGGUGCCAGCAGGCGUACAUACAGUACAUCCACCACCGGCUGAUCCAUCUCACUCCAGCGGACUACGAUGACUUUGUGAAUGCCAUUCGCAGCGCCAGAAACGCCUUCUGUCUGACCCCGAUGGGCAUGAUGCAGUUCAAUGACAUCCUCCAGAACCUGAAGCGGAGCAAGCAGACUAAGGAUUUAUGGCAAAGGGUGUCUCUGGAAAUGACCACCUUUUCCCCAUGAUGGCUCAGGCGUGCAGCUCCUGUCCUCCUGUAGUUAAGAGUUCUGUUCACGCCAUCCUUCCUUAUGGGAUCCUUUUUUUAUUUUAGCUGUUGGAAACCACUGAUUUGGUGUAUUUAUACCAUGACAUUCCUCUUCCAGGCCAUUGUGAUCGUGCUCCAGUUCCCCUUAUUCCCUCCUCCCUGGCAGGUGGAGCCAAGAACGCUGUUUUGGGAGUACAAGAAAGUGUGUGCGUGCGAGUGUGAGUGCGUGUGUGCGUGCACGUUUGCUCGCACAUGAGGGGAGAACUAGCUGAAUGAUAUUUGAUCAAUGCUUUCAGUCCCCUCCCUGUGUGAUGGAUGAACAUAUGUGUGAACGCAUGUUAGGGGGUAUGGUGGAGCCUGUCUCUUUAAAAUAUUUAUUUUGGCAUUUAUAAAUAUGUAUACUACUUUCUAUAAGAUUCUAAAAAAAAAAAAACCCACUCAUCAUAGGGCCAGGAGAGGCAGAGUUUGCUAUUGUGCAUCCCGGACAUUUCCAUCACCAUUCCUUCGUGCAGCAACUACCCAGAGGAGUCCAGGCUGUCGUGGAAAGAGCCCCCUCCUCAGCCACCACGGCCGAUGUGCUUGGAUGGGCAAAGCCCCGUUUGUCCUGUCUGGCUCCAGGACAGUAUUGAGCCGGCUGCUGCAACUUCUUUGCUUAGACUGUGGCCCCAAAGAGUUUUGUCAUCAGGCUUCAUAGGAUGUUUUAACCAUGGUGGUUCUGAGUUGUACAGUCAUGUUAUAUUGGCUGGGAUGUUAGCUUUCUUGUAAUCAAUUUCUUAUCCCUUGUUUCAGUUUCCAGAUUAAAACACUCAUUUUCUUAGA